AUGUAAUAAAUAGGACAUCAGCUCUUAUCAAAAUGGUAAUGUAGUUUUUUUAUGAUUUUAGGUACUACACAAAUUACAAUUUUAGAGCCUUGUUUUAAUAUGAAGUGAAAGAGGAAGGUUAUAUAAUGGGAUAAUUGAUAGAAAAAAAAGAGGAUAUUUUAGAUUUAGUAACACAUACUAUUCGUUUUACUUAUAGAUAAGGAUUUUAGGCAUUUUAAUGUUAAGAAAGUAAUUUGACAACAGAUUCAGGAUGGGGUUGUAUGAUUAGAAUAGGAUAAAUGAUGAUGGCAGAAUUAUUGAAAAGACAUUUAAAGUGUUUUUAUAAAGUUGAUAUAUUUUAAUUUCCUUCUUUAUUAGAAGAAGUGUUACAGAUUUUUAAUGAUGAUGUUCAAAUGAAAAGUUAAUUGGGAAUAGUAAAUGAAUGCAAACAUAGAUUUUCAAUUUAAUAGAUAAUGAGUGUAGCAUAUAAUGAAUGGGGUAAGAAACCUGGAGAAUGGUACAGUCCAAAUUAAAUUGUAUAGGCUAUUUAGAAAAUUCUAUCAGAUAACAAUAUUUCAUGUAAUUUUAAUAAUUUAAAAGUAAUAGAUUUUUGUGGUCUUGGAUUUGUACCAUUUUAUGAGAGUUAAAUAGAUCUAAAAGCAAUAGUAUUAGAAAUGUGUAUGAUUGAUAAUUGUUAUUGUCAAAAUAGAGUCUUUUUUAUAGAUAAAUUUUUAUAUGAAUUAGAAAAACUAUAAAUUACAAAAGAUAAAGAGGAAGUAGUUUAAGUUAUGCAUGGUUAAGAUUCAAUUAGUGACAUUUGUUUUGAAGAUUAAUCCAAUUAAAAUAAGAUAGAUAUUUUAAAUUUAUUUAAGAAAAAUAUUUGUGAAAAAUGUUUUGUUCCUUCUAGAGCUGUAGCUGUUUGUAUAUUGAGUAGAAUUGGAUGGGAUGAACCUAAUCCAAAUUACAUUUAAGCUAUUAGACAAUUUAUGAAGAAAAACUAUUUUGCUGGAAUGUUAGGAGGUAGACCGAAAGAAGCUAAUUUUAUUGUUGGAUUUGUUGAUAAUAAAUUUGUUGUUUUAGAUCCACAUUUAGUCUAAGAAACAAAAAUGAAUUCAGAUGAAUAUGUUAAAUCAUGUUUUCCUAGUGAAGCUCUAUUUAUGAAUGAAAAUGAAAUUGAUUGUUCACUUGGAUUAGUCUUCUAUCUCAAUAAUUUUUAAGAUUUAAAUGAAUUAAUCUAUGAUGUUAAAAUCCAUUAAUAAAUCAAUUUCUUCUCAUUUGUACAAAUUAAUGAUUGGACUUACUCAGAUAUUAAUAAAGAAUAAUAAAUUAAAUAAAUUAAAUAAAUGUAAGAUUCACUUAAUGAUAAUUAUCAAUAAUAAUAAUAAUUAUAAUAAUAAAUUUUGAAUUUAGAAAUUUCAACGUAUCAUGACGGAAUUUCCAAUGAAAUUAAUUCACUCAAUAAUCAAUAAACAUCUAUUAAUGAAUUAGACUCUAGUUAUGAAGAAAUCUGA